AUUUCAUCAGGAGAACCUCAGUAAUCAGAUGCCAGAAACCUUCUUCAAAAUGGUUACUGCACUAAAACUGCUUCUCUUGCCGUAUCUGCUCCUACUGGCACCAGCUUCAUCUACCCAGGGACUGCCUCUCAGCAAUAGCACUGAUCUGGAUGCGUUGCUAGGAUUCAAGUCAGGUUUAAGCUAUCAAUCAGGUGCACUGGCUUCAUGGAACACAACAACAAACCACUGCGAGUGGCCCGGUGUCAUCUGCAGCCACAGGCACAAGCAGAGGGUCUCAGCACUGAACCUCACCUCGGCUGGGCUCCUUGGGUACAUAUCCCCUUCCAUUGGGAACCUCACAUACCUGACAAGUUUAGAUCUUAGUUGCAAUCUACUUUACGGUGAAAUCCCUUUGGCGAUCGGCCGGUUGUCGUGGUUGUCAUAUCUCGACUUGUCAAACAAUUCAUUCAUGGGAGAAAUGCCUUGGAGCAUUGGCCAGCUACAUCAGCUGUCAUAUCUCUACCUGGCAAACAAUUCACUUCAAGGUGAGAUCACCAAUGGACUCAGCAACUGCACUCGCCUUAUGAGCAUCAAACUUGACUUGAACAACCUGAAUGGCAAAAUCCCCGAUUGGUUUGGAGGUUUCCCAAAGCUCAAGUCCAUGUCUCUGGGAAAGAACAACUUCACUGGGAUCAUCCCACAGUCGCUUGGCAACCUCUCGUCGCUGUCGAAUCUUUUCGUCAACGACAACCACCUCAGUGGCCAAAUCCCCGAUGCCCUUGGCAAGAUCAGCAGUCUUGAGAAGUUGGCACUGCAAGUGAACCAUCUCUCAGGCACCAUCCCUGGAACAAUCCUCAACAUUUCUUCACUGAUCCACAUUGGCAUGGAGGAGAAUGAGCUGCAUGGGAGACUGCCUUCUGACUUGGGCAAUGCCCUACCGAAAAUCCAAUACUUCAUCGUCGCCUUGAACCGUUUCACAGGAAGCAUCCCGGCUUCGAUAGCGAACGCAACCACCAUGCGCUCCAUAGACCUUUCUUCUAACAACUUCAGUGGAAUCAUACCUCCAGAGAUUGGGACACUGUGCAGCUUGAAUUACCUGAUGCUCCAAAUGAACCAGCUUGAGGCAAGCAGUGCCAAGGACUGGGGGUUCAUCACACUCUUGACAAAUUGCACAAGACUUCGUGCUGUCACACUGCAGAACAACAGGCUAGGUGGUGCAUUGCCAAGCUCUAUCACCAACCUAUCAGCACAGCUCGAGGACCUGGAUAUAGGAUCUAACAGAAUUUCAGGUAAAAUACCAGAUGGCAUUAGCAACUUCCCCAAACUAAUUAAGCUGGGUCUCUCCAGCAACCAUUUCAGUGGUCCAAUACCUGAGAGCAUAGGGAGACUCAGAACUCUGCAGCGCUUGACAAUAGAGAAUAACCUCUUGCAUGGGAUCAUACCAUCCUCACUCGGAAACUUAACACGACUGCAGCAACUCUCUCUAGAUAACAAUAGCUUGGAGGGGUCACUGCCAGCAAGCAUUGGGAACCUACGACAACUUACCAUCGCAACAUUUUCGAAUAAUGAACUUAUAGGUCCAAUGCCUAAAGAGAUUUUUAGCCUUCCAUCCUUGUCAUAUGUUCUGGAUUUGUCCAGGAAUCAUUUUAGUAAUUCUCUGCCAUCUGCAAUUGGUGGUCUUACAAAAUUGACAUACUUAUACAUGCACAGUAACAACUUUUCUGGGUUGUUACCAGACAGUCUCAGCAACUGCCAGAGCUUGAUGGAACUUCGUUUGGACAAUAACCUUUUCAAUGGUACCAUUCCUGUAUCAGUGAGCAAAAUGCAAGGAUUAGUACUGCUAAAUUUGACCAAAAAUAGCUUUUUUCGUGCAAUUCCUCAUGAUUUGGGACUCAUGGAUGGCCUGAAAGAGCUUUACCUUGCACACAAUAACCUAUCUGAACAAAUCCCCAAGGACUUGGAAAACAUGGCAUCAUUAUACUGGCUUGACAUAUCCUUUAAUAACCUUGAUGGCCAAGUCCCGGCACAGGGCGUGUUUGCUAAUUUGACAGGGUUUAAAUUUGAUGGAAAUGAUAAUCUUUGUGGUGGUAUUGAUGAGCUUCAUUUACCUUCAUGCCCAACCAAACCCAUGGAACAUAAUCAACGGAUACACUCAGUCACUCAAAAAGUGAUUAUUCCUAUUGCUAUUACAAUCUUGGUGUGUUUUACCCUGGCAGCAGCUUUCUUCUACAUACGAAAGAAGCUAAGACCUUCAUGCAUGAGAACAACAAGGGUAGCUCCUCCGAUAGAUGGCAUGUAUCCUCGAAUAUCAUAUUAUGAACUGUUUCAAGCAACAAAUGGCUUCAGUGACAGCAAUUUGGUUGGCACAGGACGGUAUGGUUCUGUUUAUAAGGGGACAGUGAUGGUCAAAAGGUCAGAAACUACUGUGGCUAUCAAGGUUUUCAAUCUAGAACAAUCGGGUUCUUCAAAGAGUUUUGUGGCUGAGGGUAAGGCAAUCAGCAAAAUUCGCCAUCGCAACUUGAUUAGCGUCAUAACUUGCUGCUCUUGCUCUGGCUUGAACCAAAAUGACUUCAAAGCUAUAGUGUUUGAGUUCAUGCCGCAUGGAGACCUUGAAAAAUGGUUACACCCGGAGGUAACCUCGUCAGAUUCAAACCCAGUUAAAGUUCUAACAUUAAUGCAGAGAUUGAGCAUUGCUUCUGAUAUCGCCGCUGCACUAGACUAUUUGCACAACAGCUGCCAGCCAACAAUUGUUCACUGUGAUUUCAAGCCCAGCAACAUUCUCCUUGGGCAGGACAUGGUUGCACAUGUCGGAGACCUUGGACUUGCCAAGAUUCUGACCGACCCAGAAGGCACACAGUUGAUCAAUUCAAAGAGUUCUGUAGGGCUUAUGGGAACAAUUGGAUAUAUUGCUCCAGAAUAUGCUGAAUGUGGUCAAAUUUCACCAUCUGGUGAUGUCUACAGCUUUGGUAUAGUGCUCCUUGAGAUGUUUACAGGGAAGGCACCUACAAAUGACAUGUUUACUGAUGGAUUGACCUUGCAGAAGUAUGCAGAAACGGCAUAUCCAGCACAAUUGAUUGAUAUUGCUGACCCCCUUCUACUGUCAACUGCAACUGAGAACACAAUGGGAGAAAUCAACUGUGUCAUGAGCUCAGUCACAAGACUCGCACUGGUAUGCACUAGGAUGAAGCCAAGUGAGAGGCUGUGCAUCAGAGAUGUUGUAGACAAUAUGCAAACAAUAAAGGCUUCUUAUGUUGCAGAAAUAGAAAGAUUAUCUAUGAUGUAAAAUUAGUGCCAGCUGCACUGUUCAGAAAAAUAACUGACAUAAUUUUUUAUUUUUCCUGAUCAGAAAAAUACAUGAAAAAGAAAGGAGGUAGAAAAAUUUUUGGAUUUAUGGUUAAAGAAGAAAAAGAAGAAAACUGGGGUUCUGUUGAAUUUCAAGUAUUCAGUUUCACCAAUAAGAUACGGAGACUUGCUUCACAUUUUGAAUUACACAAAAAAGAUUUUUCAUCGGAAAGAGCUCUCCGAAGACUUUUGGGAAAACAUCAACGUUUGCUGGCUUAUUUGGCAAAGAAAAAUAGAGUACGUUAUAAGAAAUUAAUCAGUCAGUUGGAUAUUAGGGAGCGGUAAUUUCAUCGUUCGAAUUUUUUUUCUUAUUUUAUUAGUAGUCUUAUAGUAGUCUUAGAUUUUUUUUAUUAGUAGUCUUAUAGUAGUCUUAGAUUUUGCAUUUUGAUGAGCCUCGUUUUGAGGAAUUCAUGGAAUAAUCCAUUUUCAUGGAAUAAUGAAUUAAGGAAGAAAGGAUAUGAGUCUACCGCUUACAAGAAAAGAUCUCAUGAUAGUCAAUAUGGGCCCUCACCACCCAUCAAUGCAUGGUGUUCUUCGACUGAUCGUUACUCUCGAUGGUGAAGAUGUUAUUGAUUGUGAACCCAUAUUAGGCUAUUUACACAGAGGAAUGAAAAAAAUUGCGGAAAACCGAACUAUUAUACAAUACUUACCUUACGUAACACGUUGGGAUUAUUUAGCUACUAUGUUUACAGAAGCAAUAACCGUAAAUGCACCAGAAUUCUUGGAGAAUAUUCAAAUACCCCAAAGAGCCAGCUAUAUUAGGGUAAUUAUGUUAGAAUUGAGCCGCGUAGCUUCUCACUUGUUAUGGCUUGGACCUUUUAUGGCAGAUCUCGGUGCGCAGACUCCCUGUUUUUAUAUUUUUAGAGAGAGAGAAUUAAUAUAUGAUCUAUUUGAAGCUGCUACAGGUAUGCGAAUGAUGCAUAAUUACUUUCGCAUCGGAGGAGUUGCUGCUGAUCUGCCUUAUGGAUGGAUCGAUAAAUGCUUAGAUUUCUGCGAUUAUUUUUUACGAGGAGUUAUUGAAUAUCAACAACUUAUUACACAGAACCCCAUUUUUUUAGAACGAGUUGAAGGAGUUGGUUUUAUUAGCAGAGAAGAGGCUGUAAAUUGGGGCUUAUCGGGCCCUAUCUUACCAGCUUCUGGAAUACAGUGGGAUCUUCGUAAAGUUGAUCUUUACCAGUCUUACAAUCAAUUCGAUUGGAAAGUCCAAUGGCAAAAAGAAGGGGAUUCGUUAGCUCGCUAUUUAGUACGAAUCAGUGAAACGAGGGAAUCAAUCAAAAUUAUUCAACAGGCUGUAGAGAAAAUUCCCG